AUGUCUGACAGACAGAAGGGGCUACUGUUUGCAGUUGAUAGAGUUUUUCCUAACAGUAAUCAAAGAUUCUGCUUAAGACACAUAUAUGCAAACUUCCAAAAUGCUGGCUUUAGGGGGGAAGACCUUAAGAAGUGCAUGGAUAAUGCCAGUUAUGCAUAUAAUGAACACAAAUUUAAUAUAGCAAUGGAUGAUCUCAAAGCUGAGAGUGAGGAAGCUUGGCAGUGGCUUAGUGCAAUACCCAAGAAAACCUGGGCUAGGCAUGCAUUUGACACAAAUUGCAAGACUGACUUGGUUGUCAACAAUUUGUCUGAGGUGUUUAACAAGUACAUCCUAGAUCAUAGGAAAAAACCAAUAAGAACUAUGUGUGAUGGCAUAAAGGAUAAGCAGAUGGUUAGGUGGCACAGGAAUAGAGAGAGUGGAAAGGAAGCUAGAUGGGAGAUCACACCACAUUACAGUGAGAAGUUGGAGAUUGAGAAGGAAAGGGCCAGGUACUGCAAACCCAUUCAAGCAGGUGUUAACUUGUGGCAAGUAACUAGUGGGGAGCAAACACAUGCUGUCAAUUUGGAACUUGAAACCUGUGGUUGCAAAAAGUGGGACCUCAGUGGAGUCCCAUGUAACCAUGCCAUCUCAGCAAUUAACAAGGCAAAAAGGUUUCCAGAGGACUAUGUAAGCAAAAUUUUCAAGAAACCAUAUUACUUGGCAGCAUAUGAACCAAUGAUAUAUCCUGUCCCUGGUGAGCAUGACUGGACAAAGACCCCAGGUCCAGACAUAGAACCUCCAGCAUUUAAAGUCAAGAAAGGAAGAAAGAAAGAGAAGAGGAUAAAGGGAAAAUUUGAAGUUCCAAAGCCAAAGUCCACCUCAAGAAUGGGGACAAUAACUUGUAGCAAUUGUGGAUUACAAGGGCAUAAAUACACAAGCUGCCUUAAACAGUUGAAACCUGAGUUGGCCUUAAGAAAGAACAAACAUGUGCCUGCUGCAAGGAAUUCACAAGGAAGAGGUGUUGCUCCUACAGCUCCUGCAGCAACACCUAGAGCUGCUUCAGCAACACCUAGAACUGCUUCAGCAACACCUAGAGCUUCUGCUAGUGCUGGCAGAG